AUGUUCUCACCUUUCUUUGAAGUGAAACUGAUAGCAUUCUUGACAUUGCCCACUGAAAAGAGUGCAACUAAUGUGCAGGAGCAAAAUAGGGCCCAUCUCAACGACUUGAAUGCUCUCAUCGAAAAUGAGAACAUAUUUGCGAUAGUCUUAGGUUUAAUACUAGAACCACUGAAGCAACUAGAGUCAAGUGGAGGAGCAAAUUUCAAAACUAACGAGUCAAAAUCUCUUCAGCUGAUUUUAACAUUUUAUCGGAACUUGUUCAUAAUCGCAGAGGAAGAGAAUAAUACGCGAGUUAAGAAGAUACUUUCCUCUUGUCUCUUCAAAUACAACUUUUUGGAUGUUUUGCUAGUGUUGGUGCAGAAUCAUAAGAAAAUUCUUGGUCAUGAAGACACAGCUUUAGCGGUUGAGAUUUUACAAUUGUUAUUUCGUGGCAUUCCGCCAGACAAAUUAGCAGAAGAGCUCAGCAAUGCACAAAAUAAGGAUCAAGACAUUUUUACUCAUGAUAGCUUGAAAUUUCCUUAUCAAACGAAAAAGCAUAUACCCAGGUUCAAUGGAAAAUUUGAACCAAAAAGUGUGCGUCGUGUGGUCGAAAUGAGCGGAAAAAUAAAAAAAUCACACAUUCACCCUGUUCUUUGCCCAGAAAAGUCCUAUUUUAUUGACAAAAGUAUACCUCAAUUUUGGGUUGCAUUAUUAGAUUCCACUUAUUUUGGAGCGUUUAUAUUUCAUGCGUGGAGAGAUAUCGUGAGAACUAGUGGAGAUGUUGAACAAAGAGCUACAGAAUGGCAAACUAGAAGUUAUAAUCUCUUGCGAUUCUCAACUUUUGGUUUACGUAUCCUCUCCAAGUUCUUUCAUAAGAAUGCCUUGAAAGACAAGAUAAGCAUUAAAUGCGUCGCUGAUAUUUUUGAUUCUUCUUUUGUUCACUGGCUGAGAAUGGAAUGGAUAGCUCUAGAAAACAAAAAAGAUUACUAUGGAGCUAACAUAGUUUGUUGCAUGCUAGUAGAAAUAACGUCAAUUGUCUAUAAUAUUUCUGUUCAUGGAACUUCAGCUGAAAAGGAUGCUAGCAAAUUUCUCAUUCGUGAAUUAUACUUUAAAUCAAAGACUGAAAGUCUCUUGGAACAAGUUUGUAUUUCAUUGAAGAGCUUUAAGAGCAAAUAUCCUUCAGCAUACUUAUUUUCUCUGAUCAAUUUGCUGAGUUCUUCUCUGACUAUUAUGAAGACGCAUCAAAGUCAGUAUGAAGGCAUUCGUAAGUACGGGAAUAUUCAUGAUAAUUCAAUAAUCUACUACCACAUGAGACUACUAAAGGGUAGAAAUAAAAAUGAAUCACUUCUAGGUUCAGUUUAUAUCUAUCUACAGAGUUUAGUGAGUGCAAAUUGUGUAGAAAGGCUGUUCUCAUUUAGGCACCUUGAUUGUUUGCACGACUAUUGUGUGAUGUCGCGAAGAGAACCGGAACAUAUUUCUGAAUAUGCCCUGCUAUUGCAACAAGAAUGUCACUUUGUGUUGAAUUGCUUCCACUUAGCAGUUACAAGACCAGCAGAACAUCUCAAUGAAAAAAAGAGAUUAUUUUUAGAGGUGUUAUUUUCUUAA